UAAUAAUAGAAAGAAGAAAAAAGAACUCAGAAGACCCUCUUCUUCUUCUUCUCUCUCUUUUCUAUCUUCCUUCUACCUCAGCAGAGCUGCCAGAGGCUGAAGCGCAGCGCUUUCAUGGCGGAAACCAAGACCUAAAAGAGCUGUUAAUUUUUGCAGGACAGAAUACAAUUUGGUCAAAUUCUUCAGGUUCAUACAUCUUAGCGUGCAAUCAGUUUGUUGGUGAUCUUCAGGUGGAAUUGCUUGUGAAGAGCAGAGAUUGAUUAGAAACCAGAGCUGAUUUGGACUGUGUUCAAUUAAGAUCGGGUUUGAUUUCUUUGGGUGCUGCGUGGAAUGGGAAUUUUUGAAGAAAUGGGUUUCUGUGGUAAUCUUGAUUUUCUAUCGGCUCCACCAGGGGAAGGAGAGGUGGCUCCUGAAAAUGAACCAGAGGCAACUGUGGAGGAGGAUUAUACUGAUGAGGAGAUGGAUGUUGAUGAGCUUGAGAGGAGGAUGUGGAGGGAUCGCAUGCUGCUGAGGCGGCUUAAAGAACAAAACAAGGGUAAGGAGGGAGUGGACAAUGCUAAGCAGCGCCAGUCCCAGGAGCAAGCUCGAAGGAAGAAGAUGUCCCGAGCACAGGAUGGGAUACUGAAAUACAUGCUGAAAAUGAUGGAAGUUUGUAAAGCUCAGGGUUUUGUCUAUGGUAUCAUUCCCGAGAAGGGGAAACCAGUGAGCGGAGCAUCUGACAAUCUCCGGGCAUGGUGGAAGGAGAAGGUGAGGUUUGAUCGGAAUGGCCCUGCUGCGAUUGCGAAAUACCAGGCUGAUCAUUCAAUUCCUGGAAAGAAUGAGGACUGCAAUACAAUGGCAUCCACCCCCCAUACCCUGCAGGAGCUACAAGACACCACACUUGGAUCACUUUUGUCAGCUUUGAUGCAGCACUGCGACCCACCUCAGAGGCGGUUCCCGUUGGAGAAGGGUAUUGCACCACCUUGGUGGCCUACUGGGAAUGAAGAAUGGUGGCCUCAAUUGGGAUUGCCCAAAGAUCAGGGUCCUCCCCCAUACAAGAAGCCUCAUGAUCUAAAGAAGGCUUGGAAGGUCAGUGUUCUCACUGCAGUGAUCAAGCACAUGUCCCCUGACAUUGCUAAGAUCCGCAAGCUUGUUCGUCAGUCUAAAUGCUUGCAGGAUAAGAUGACUGCCAAAGAGAGUGCCACUUGGCUGGCCAUUAUCAACCAGGAAGAGGCGUUGUCCCGAAAACUGUAUCCUGACAGCUGCCCACCUGUGCCUUUGGCUGGUGGGAGUGGAUCUUUUGUCAUCAGUGACACCAGUGAUUAUGAUGUUGAGGGUGUGGAAGAUGAGGCCAACAUUGAAGUGGAGGAGUGCAAGCCCCGUGAUGUCAAUCUCUUCAAUUUAGGCGUAGGAGCCAGAGAUAGGCUUAUGGUGCCACCACUGGCUCCUUCGAUCAAGGGAGAGCUUGUAGAGACCAACUCAGAUUUCAUCCAGAAGAGGAAGCAGCCACCUGAUGAGCCGAAUAUAAUGAUGGAUCAGAAAAUGUAUACCUGUGAAUACACUCAAUGCCCCUACAACAAUUACCGUCUUGCGUUUCUCGACAGGGCGUCCAGAAACCAUCAUCAGAUGAAUUGUCUAUACAGGAGUAAUUCUUCACAAGGGUUUGGAAUGUCGAAUUUCCAAAUUAAUAAUGAGAAACCAGCAGCCUUCUCUCUACCCUUUGCUCAACCCAAGGCAGCAGCUCCACCAGUGAACCAGUCUCCUGCUUUCAAUGUUUCAGGACUUGGACUUCCAGAAGAUGGGCAAAAAAUGAUUUCUGACCUAAUGUCAUUCUAUGACACAAAUCUCCAGCGAAACAAGAGCUUGAAUCCUGGGAACCUUAAUGUUAUGGAAGAUCAAAAUCAGCCGCAGCAGCAGCAGCAGAAGUUUCAACUUCAGCUAGAUGAUAACUUCUUCAAUCAGGGGGUUAUGAUGGGUGGCAACAUCACUGAAGAAACAAACAUGCCCUUAAAUCAUUCUGUUUUCUCGUCAAGCGAGAUCCAGUUUGAUCAGUGUAAAGCAUUUGAUUCUCCAUUUGACACCAACCCAAAUGACAACAUUGCUGACUUUAGAUUUGGGUCGCCAUUCAACUUGGCAGCAGUAGAUUAUACGGUGGACCCACUGCCAAAGCAGGAUGUAUCCAUGUGGUACCUUUGAAAACACAAACAGGCAUCCCAUCUUAGAGCUAUCUGCGGAAGUUGGGGAGAGGGGGCCUCUGGUGGAAGGAAUGGGAUAAAGCUGUAUAUUCUGGGAGGAAGAUCAUCUUUGCCUUUAGUGUCUGCUGGGAAUGGGGUGAAGUGUUGUUCCUUCUGAAUUUUAGUUAAUAUUUUUGUUGUAGUAGGGGUUGUUAAGGGACUUUAUGAACUUGGGUUUCUCUUCUGCCACUCUUCUUUUAAUAUUCCAAGUCUAGGUUGUGUAGGUUGCUUUCAUUGCAGUACUGAAGAAGGGUCAAUAAAUAACUGGGAAGGACCCCAACCCCAUUACUCACUACUGCUGUUGAAAUGUUAGGCGUUUUGGUGUUGCAAAAAUUGGUAUGGGCAUGUAGUUAUAUUAUAUAUACACAUACAUUUAUAAUCUAUAUAUGUGGUUGUUUCUAAUCCA